UUUCUCCGCUGUUGGAUGCGGCUCCCCACCGAGCUGCAUGACUACAUUUACGACUUUCUAACAAGCCCCGGCCGCAAAGCCGAUUUCUUAACGCUGUCCCUAGUGUCGCAAACCUGGUGCCGAUACUUUCGUCCUCGCCUCUUCGCCCGGCUUAUUCUGAAAAGUGAGAAGGACUGUCGCAUGCUAUGCGGCAUGGUGCGCUCCCCACUGUCAUCCUGGCUUGCAGAGCACAUCAUCGAGCUGCGCUUCCACUACAUCAUCCCUCCUGGUUAUCCACUCCGGACAGCUCUCGUUCGUUUCCUCCCCGCCUGCCGUCACAUCCGGCAUGAUUUCCACGACAAACCCGCUCGCGUGUUGCUAUCGCACAACGCAGCUCUGAAGAGCUCACUGCGGAGCAUCACCUCCUUGACACUCAUCAAUUGCGACUUCUCAUCAUUCCGAAUCGUGCUCCAUGUACUAGGGGAUAUCACCUACCUGGAAAAAGUUGCUUUCUGGAAGAUCAAGUGGUUGGAUGACCGACUCACAACAGCUGACACUGUGAGCGACGUCUGCGCGGGAGCCUUCAGCCAUGUGCGCUCGGUCGAGAUGGAUUUCUGCACGAACAACGUGGCAGUGCCGGCUUGGAUCCUAGCCGCCGCAAGUACGCAGCACUCGUUCACCAGGUCGGCAGUCCCUGCACAAAUGUGGACCACCAUCAAGCUCUUCCAGAAAUUCUUGGGUGACAGCACGUACAAUUCGCGGUUUGAUGUCAAGGAGGCAACUGCCGGUGAGCUUGAUCGGUCUCUCUACCAGGCCGUUGUACUCAUCGGAUGA